AAAAAUUUCAAACAUGAGCUGGAAAAUAUUCUUGGUUUUGCUCUAUUUAUAUGGUGUGGCCACUGACAUUUGCGAAGGAGAUGAUUUUGAUGACAGUCAUUGUAAAGAAUACAGAGAGAUAAAAAAUUCCUCACUCUAUGAUAGAAAUCCAGAAUCUGUUGGGGACCUUUCAAAAAGACCACUUGGAUUUCAGUCUGCUACGAUUCCAUUUGUAGCAAUCAAUCCCAAUGCAAGAAAUCCUUGCUUUAAGAUAUUCCUUAAAAAUAGCACUCAACAAACUGUCCAAGUAUUGGCUAAAAGUACAGUUGGUGAUACAGUGUUUUGUGUUAAAAGUCAACCACCGUACGAUUUUCCAACAUGCCAAUCGGUGAGCAUCUCAGACUCUCAGUAUCGUGUUACACCCACUGAAGGCAAAACUAGCAUAUUGCAUGCAUUGGGUAUUUUCACGCUAUAG